AUGGCUCAGGCUUUGCUCGCUUUGCUCUGGGCUCUGCCGGUCCUCGCGAAGCGUCCCAACAUCCUCUUCCUCAUGACGGACAGCAUGGAUGGCCGUGUGGUGGACCCCGGGGCUCCCGAAGCCCAGGCCGUGGAGUUGCCCUUCCUCCGGGACUUCUUCGCCAAACAGGGCACGAACUUCGUGCGCAGCUACGCGAACAGCCCGCAGUGCGUCCCGUCGCGCAGCAGCAUGUGCACCGGGCGGCGCACGGACCAGAUAGAAGCCUGGUCCAACGAGAAGGGCCUGGCUGCCUCGGAAGACGGGACGCUGGAUAAGACCUGCAUCUACUUCUUCGGCACCGAUCAGUGCGCUGCCUGGGCGAAGAUGCAGAACUACUCCGAGACCAUCUUCUCGGGCUUGGAGAGACUAGGCUACGGGGUGAAGCUCUAUGGGAAGGUGGACAUCGGAGGUGGGUUGAUGAAUGAUCCGAAAGUCAGAGAAACGGUCUCAGCCAGUGGCUGGCACCAGGGCGUGACCCUUGGAAUCGUCACCCGCUCGGCUGACAUCCGCCGGCCGACCAAGGAAGCACCUCUUGCCCUGACUUCCGACACGCAGGACCACGUGCACCCGGAGGAUUGGAGAACCGUUGAUCGCUGCCAGGAAUGGAUUCAGGGCUUGCCGCCCGCUGAGCAGAACGCAGAGCCCUUCUUCCUCUACUGCUCAUUGAACAUUCCCCAUCCUCCAUUUCAGACAAAUGCUACUUGGCUCGCCAAAGUGAAGGAAGACAAGAUUCUACUUCCGCAGUGGCUACCAGGAUUCCCACAAGAGUGGCACCCCUAUGACAGCUACAUGUCUAUCUCCAAGCACGUGGAAGAGACGAACUACACGUCCGAGGAGAUCCUAAAGGUUCGGAAGACCUAUUAUGCAAUGUGUGCUGAGGCGGAUUAUUUACUGAAUCGGGUCUGGGAGGCCUUGACCAAUAAGGGCUACGGUCUUGACAACACCUUCGUAGUCUACGUCUCCGAUCAUGGUGAGAUGAACAUGGAGCACCGUCAAGUUUGGAAAAACUCGAUGUAUGAGGGAUCAUCUCGGGUACCGUUUGCGAUUGCUGGGCCGGGUGUGGCCAAGGGGCGACGCGUGACCCAGCUGACCUCCUUGCUGGAUGUUCUCCCCACUUUGCUGGAUAUGGGGCAAGAGACAGACUGGGAAAGGCAUGCGGCACUUGCAGGCAAGAGUCUGCUGCGGCUUGCAGGUGCACCUUCUUUGGCGCCCCCACAGUUGGUUGUGAUGCCUGACGAAGACCGAGCUGUCGUGUCGCAGUACCACUCCAAUAUGGGCAACACGGGUUCCUUCAUGCUUCGCAAGGGUCCAUGGAAGUAUAUUCGCUUCGGCCACACCCUGUCCACGUUUUCGCCACAGACGUACGUGCCGCUGCUCUUCAACGUCGAUGAAGACCCGAGUGAGACACAGAAUCUCGCUGGGCAGCAUUCGAAGAUUCUGGGGCAGCUUGAGGUGGAGCUCCAGGCUCUCUUUGACCCAGAAGACGUCGACCGCCGGGUGAAGUCGGAAGACUUCCGCCUCUACCAUCGCUUCUUCGGCUCCUUGGAUCAGAAGCAACUCCGGAAGAAGCUGAAGCGAGCCUAUGCCGGUUUUGACGAGGAGGAUUUCAAGAAGAUUCAGCUGUGGGCGAAGGAGUUCGCAUCCUGGGGGGUGCCUGAGCUGCUCGUGGUUUAG